UUAUUUUUUUUUUCUUAUUUAUUAGAUCUAGGACUCUUCUCUACUAAGACAUUGGUAGAAGCAAAUAACGAACACGUAGUAGAAGUGAGGACACAACUACUGCAGCCAGCAGAUGAAAACUGGGACCCCACUGGAACAAAGAAAAUCUGGCGUUGUGAAAGCAGUAGAUCUCAUACAACAAUUGCUAAAUAUGCACAGUACCAGGCCUCCUCAUUCCAGGAGUCUUUAAGGGAGGAAAAUGAAAAAAAGAGUCACCACAAGGACCACUCAGAUAAUGAAUCCACAUCUUCAGAUAAUUCUGGGAGGAGGAGAAGAGGACCUUUUAAAACAAUCAAGUUUGGGACCAACAUUGACCUGUCAGAUGACAAAAAGUGGAAGUUGCAACUCCAUGAACUGACAAAACUUCCUGCUUUUGUACGUGUGGUAUCAGCAGGAAAUCUUCUAAGCCAUGUUGGUCAUACCAUCCUGGGCAUGAACACAGUGCAGUUGUACAUGAAGGUUCCAGGAAGCAGAACACCAGGUCAUCAAGAAAACAACAACUUCUGUUCAGUAAAUAUAAAUAUUGGUCCAGGUGACUGUGAAUGGUUUGUUGUUCCUGAAAGCUAUUGGGGUGUCAUGAAUGACUUUUGUGAAAAGAACAAUAUGAAUUUUCUAAUGGGAUCUUGGUGGCCAAACUUGGAGGAUUUGUAUGAAGCCAAUGUCCCAGUUUAUCGAUUUAUUCAAAGACCAGGGGAUUUGGUGUGGAUAAAUGCUGGCACUGUUCACUGGGUUCAGGCUAUCGGCUGGUGCAACAACAUUGCUUGGAAUGUUGGCCCUCUUACAGCCUGUCAAUACAAAUUGGCAGUGGAACGGUACGAAUGGAAUAAACUGCAGAGCGUGAAGUCCAUAGUACCCAUGGUUCAUCUUUCAUGGAAUAUGGCUCGAAAUAUCAAGGUCUCAGAUCCAAAGCUUUUUGAAAUGAUUAAGUAUUGCUUGUUAAGAACUCUCAAACAGUGUCAGACACUGAGGGAAGCUCUGAUUGCUGCAGGAAAAGAGAUUGUCUGGCAUGGGCGAACAAAGGAUGAGCCAGCUCAUUACUGUAGCAUUUGUGAGGUGGAAGUCUUUGAUCUGCUUUUUGUCACUAGUGAGAGCAAUUCUCGAAAGACCUAUGUUGUACAUUGCCAAGACUGUGCACGAAAGAUAAGCACGAACCUGGAAAAUUUUGUGGUGCUAGAACAGUACAAAAUGGAGGACUUGAUGCAAGUCUAUGAUCAAUUUACAUUAAGAUCACCUGGAGACCAUAACUGGAUCAGAUGGAGAUGGGAAGAAUCAGGACAGUGAAGCUUGGAGAAACUAGCACCAGGUUCAAGAGCAUCUCUAAUACAUUGGUUGUGGUAUGAAGUCAGUAUAGCAGCAGAGCAUCCUAUGCACUGAGACCCCUUCCUCCCCCUCCCCUUCCUACCCUCUUCCAAAUCAGCACUCUCCUUCUGCUUAGCAAGUGGAUGCUCUCAAACAGUUCUGUCUUUGGCUUGGGGCCUCCUUUGCAUUUCAAUUUAAAGCAAAAAGCCACUUUGCCAUUAUAGCUUUGUGCUAUAUAUGGCAGCCUCCUGCUUUGAACUGUGUCAGCACAACUGUCCUAACGUUUCACCCAGGUUUCGUUGUUUCAGGCAAAGAUGGCUUGUUUGUAAUCACAGUGAAAGCGAUGCUGGAUUUAUUUAUGAUAAGCCUUGCCUUUCUGUCAAAGCAGACAAACAUUGGACAAAGCGUUCUGAGAAUUUCAUGUUGCAUUAAAUACAGCAGCCCAGAAACAGCUGUGCCUUUUUGAUUCAUUUCCAGGUGCUGCAGAAAGUGUAUGUUUAGACAAUUAUUUCAUGUUAUACAGGCAUGAUAAGUUGCAACCUUUGAGCUAAUGCCUCGAGGUUCACCAGCUGAGGCUGGUGAGAACACAGGACCGUGUCCUCUGAACUUAAUUCUUUUCAUUGGUUCAGCAAAGCCUGAGAUGGCUGAACUUGUGUUCACUCUUUUAGAAGCCCAUUGUUAUUACAGUUGGUAAAAUACUGCAAUUCUGAAGUGAUAAUAUGUUGCAAAAACAGCAUCUAAAUAAACACCUAUUCUCAGAUACACCAUCCGAGUGGAAUGGGCAAGAACAUUUUUGUAUGGAAAAGAGGGAGGAAUGAGGGAGAGUGGGAGGGGUAUGUUUUUGUCUGUAUCAUUAUAUAGGUAAUUGUAGUAGUGCAACUGUGCCUAGAACAAGGGUUCUCAACCUGUAAACAGCUCUUUGCCCCACCAGAGCCUACACCUGCAGUGCUAAAGAACAUUAAAAAUUGUUGCAUAGUGAAAUUUAUGCACGGUAUCACUUUUUAAAAAGGUUUAUAAUUUUGAUUGAGAGGAGUCAUAACCUACAGAAGAGGGGUUGAGGUUUGUGGCACAUCACAAUACAAAGAUAAUCUCAGAUGGCAAAGGUGGUGUAGGACUAACAGGCUCGAUGCUUGGGGUAAAGUAUCAGGAGUAAAUACAGGAAUUACGUAGAAUUAGUAUUGCAUAGUUGAGUACUGAAGUGUGAUUUACAGUGUCUUUAGAGACAGGGCAGCUUCUUGAAGGGAUUCCUCAUCAUGGCAGGACUGAUGUGUAGGAAAAGAGAAGAGGAGGUGCCAUCAGAAGUUCAGUAUUUUUGGUGAUAAUGCCGCAAAGAACAAUACUAGGGAAUAGAUAUCUUCUAGACCUUCACUCUUAAGGCACUAAUUAAUGAUGAUUGAAAAUAAAUAAAGAGAUAAAUAAAAGCUCUGUCCCCAUAUCAGAGAAUCUUGAUCCUUUCCACAGAUAACCUCAGGGCUAUAUGUUAAUGUUUAUGUAGCGAGGAAGUAAAAUGCAACCUGCAUGGUAUUUGGAGAGCCACAAAGGGAUGACCCACCCAUUCUCCUGGCUAAACAGGUUGAGAAUCCCUGUUUUAGAGUAUAUAAAGAUUCAUCUACUAUAAGCCCACUUGGAGCUCUUUUCUGCCUCAGCGGGACUUGUUUUGGCAGCUCACAUAGUAUCAACUCAAGAUAUCCCCACAGUGUGAUCCAAUGUGCAGUAUAGGCAAAAUCCUAACACAGAGUAGUUGAAUAAGUUGGAAAAAAAAAUGCUGAUACCCACUGGACAAAGUCUCAGUGUAUAAAAACCAUAGUGUUUGACCUCAAACUGUCAUGCUCACCAUUUGCACAGAUUUUGGUUAAACAGCUGAAUUCUACACCUUUGUAGAAAAGGUAAUUUAAUGUUUUCUUUUUCAGGCUCCUCCAUUGCCAUCCUCUUCAUCUUGACAUUUUUUCAUGGACAUUAAAUGAAAACUUUUCUGAUAUUCAGGAAGUGACCCAGUUCUGCACCACUGAUUUUUGUAGCUAUCCCGUAAGGCUGCUGGCUGAAAGCUGUGUCUAUGCAACCUUCCAAGUGCGGAGUGUCAACCAACUGGACAGGAGAGAGCACUGCCUCCUACUCCAGAACUCAAAACAAAUAAAGCUCAUCCAGCUGUACUUCAAAAAAAUAAUUCCAUGUUUUGUAUAUAUCUGACAAAACUGGCAACAUUAUACAGACUACUGACUUGAAGACCACCUCUUUUGUAUUUUCUCUGUUUCUGGGCUGAUGAGUUGGUUUCAUCCGUUUUUCCCCUUCAGAAUUUCCCUUGGAAAAAGUACUAGCUUAGCUGGUCAUUUCUUUGUAAGGUAGUUAGAAAUUUUAAGUCUUUCUUUGGGCAAUUUUUUUUUUUUUUAUUUAAAUUGUGAAGAGUUAGGUGAUAUAAAUUUUUUACUGCUUUUAUGUUUUUCUGUCUUGUUUUGAAACCAUGACGGUUACACUUUUGGUUCCUAAAUAAAAUUUAAAACAAUUAACAGCCAAGUCACAAAGAUAAAUGGGUUGCACAUAGACUAAGGAAUAAACUUCAGAUUUGUGAUUUUUGUUUCUAAUCUUGAUGUAAAUUUACACUAUUUAUAAAUACAUAUUUAUUGCUUGAAAAUAUUUGUGAAUGGAAUGCUGUUAUUUUUUCCAGAUUACCUGCCAUUGAAAUUUUAAGGAGUUCUGUAAUUUCAAACACUACUCCUAUUACAUUUUCUAUAUGUAAAUAAAACUGCUUAGCAUUGUACAGAAACUUUUAUUAAAAUUGUUUAAUGUUUAAAGUUUUUCUAUUGUUUGAGUUUUAAAAAGAUUUUAUGUACAGUGCCCAGUUUUUGUUCUUUUUUUGAAUCUGAUUAUAUAUAUUUUAUAUAUACUCUUGUGCUUGUGUAUAUAUAUAAUAUAUAUAGAAACUCAAAUAUAAAUAUGUGUAUAAAGAUUUAGAGACUAAAUUUUUCUCGUUUUAAGUUUUACAUCUAUGGUAGAUUUGAGGUGUCUACUGUAAAGUAUUGCUUACAAAAGUAUGAUUAUUUUUAAAGAAAUAUAUGGUAUGUAUCCUCAAGACAUAAAAUGACCUUCAGACUGGUUUAUUGUUAAAUUGCACUUUUUGCAAUAACAGACCAAUAAAUAGUUGCUGCCAAAACGUAGUAGUAGAAAAUAAGUAACAGCUAAAUUUUAAAGCUCUUCAAGAAAAUGCCGGGUUUGACAGGAAGUUUGGCACUAGUUUCAGAGGAGAAAUGGAAAAGGUGAAUUUAAGUUUGGGUGGGGAUGGUAUCUAGAAUUCAACCAAAUCACAACUUAUGUAUUACGGUAUGUUCUAUUAACGAUUUAAAAAGUUAAGACUCAAUCACCUUGGCGUCGUUGUUGACCCAAAAAAAGGACAUUGUUGUGGUAUUCUAUUGUAUUUUCACAUAUUUUGUAAUACAAACUCACUGGUAAAUUUUUGAAGCACUAGGUUUAUCUAGGACAAGUUUAUAAUAUAUCAUUGUAACAGUUUGCAGUUUUAAUUAUGGUAUUUAUUUUAAGUUGCUCCUUUCUCAUUAGCUUCUUGAAAAUGCAUUAAAUCUAAAUUUCAAAAUUGAUAGCUUUCUUAUCGAUCAGAGUUGACUGAUGCAGGAGGUUCUGCAUCAAACGAUUUCUCAUAAUUUCUCAUUAGUGGGGUAUGUUAGUGAUUGCAUUGUUAAAUUUUUUGUAAUCGAUGUGAAGUGUUAAAGGCACAGAGCAUGCUGAUAGUUUAUUUUGAACAAAAAGAAUUGCCUCUUACAUUUGUAGCUUCAAAUGAAGGGUGUUUUAAUGAAGAAUCAGUAUACAGCUUGUCUACUGCUGUUACAACAGUUUAACUAUAGUUACAAAUGACUUUUUUUGCUAGUUCUUAAAACAGUUGGGCAAAAGGUUAUGGGGAUUGAAGAAAAAUAUAACAAACGCUCUUGCCAGCAAAAUUAUCAACUAGCAGUUAGGAAGCCAGUAUUUACAGUUCUGUAAAGAUGUAAGUCUCAGCUCUUGAUAACAAACUCUACAAAUCAUAAUUUUUUACUUAUGUAUUUUAUGCAGUCAAAAAUAUUGUAAUCUUGACAAACCAUGCUGCAACUGAAAAGCUACUCCUUUACAGUAGUCUUAAACCCAAAUAAAAGCAAGAUAACUUACCUCAACUAAUGGCAAACAGAAAGUCCUCGUUUCUCAGUGCUAUGAAGAAGAGUAUUGCUAACUAGGGAAAGAGCUACCGCAUGCUGAUCAAAAGGGCUGUGUACCUUUCCUCCCCUUUGGAAAAGAGGAUAUCCCAUUACCAAGGGAAGAAAAAUUGUGUUUCACCAAUGAACAAGUAGACCAAAUCAGUUGAACAUCAGGCAGUAUUGUUCACUCUGCAUGAAGGUUUUGUCAUGGAUUUGAAUUGCUGCAGGGCUUUAAUAUUUUGCAGUUUUAAUACUUCUUAAUUACACUAUGCUCCUAAACUAUGGACAGUUUUGAACUAUAAGCUGCUAUGAUUUAGAAUGCUUUUGUUUCAUUUUAUUAAAAAAGCACAAGUUAAUAUUU